AGAUUGGGGGAAAAGUGUGGCGUUGUGACGCUUCUCCUGAUGCGGGAAGAAAACGGAUAGUAACCGAGGACGCAGUUUCUCCCCAACAUCAGCACCGUGCUCAACUUUCACCACCCAUAUCUGCAGGAGCAGGAUCAAAACUGAUCUUCAAAGUUUUUUUUUUUUUACUGACCCCAAAUUGACAUUUUUUUCACCACCUAAAAAAGUCUAAAUAAAGAAAAAAAAAUGUCACAGCAUUUCAGGAGCGGGCCAGCUUUUGGACUUUCAGCGGAGGUGAAAAGCAAGCUAGCACAGAAGUAUGACCCUCAGAAGGAGGAGGAGCUAAGGCACUGGCUCCAUGAGCUUACAGGUCGCAAAGUUCCAGAAAAUUUCAUGGAGGGCCUUAAAGAUGGAGUCAUCCUGUGCGAACUCAUCAAUGCCCUUCAGCCUGGUUCUGUGAAAAAGAUCAACAAUUCCACUCAAAACUGGCAUCAGCUGGAAAACAUAGGCAAUUUUGUCCGAGCCAUUCAGGAUUACGGUCUGAGGCCGCACGACAUCUUCGAGGCAAACGACCUGUUUGAGAACUCCAACCACACGCAGGUUCAGAGCACUCUGAUCACACUAGCUGGGAUGGCGAAAUCCAAAGGUAUCCAUACAAAAUCUGACAUUGGAGUGAAAUAUGCAGAGAAGCAGCAGCGCAGAUUCGCCCCUGAGAAACUGAAGGAGGGGCGCAACGUUAUCGGCCUUCAGAUGGGGACCAACAAGUUCGCAAGCCAGAAGGGGAUGACAUCAUAUGGCACAAGACGUCACCUCUAUGACCCAAAAGCUGGCAUGGAGAAUCCAAUGGACCAGUCAACAAUCAGUCUGCAGAUGGGAACUAACAAAGGGGCCAAUCAGUCUGGUAUGACAGCACCGGGCACCAAGCGACAGAUCUUUGAUAAGAAGCUGGACAUGGAAAACUGUGACAGUUCCAUCGUGUCACUGCAGAUGGGUACUAACAAGAUGGCAUCGCAGUCAGGCAUGACUGUCUACGGGCUCCCACGCCAGGUGUACGACAAAAAGUACUGCACUUACGAAGAAGACUACAUGGACAACGGCCAGGACAUGCAGAUUGACGGAUACCAGUACUCUGACUAAGACGCCCACGCAGCACUGCUUUUUUUUUUUUUUUUAAUUCACUCAGUUCUUUCUCACUUUUUUACAAAUAUAAACUUCAUCCUGCAAGACCACGCAAACUGUAAAAUAACCAUCCACCAAGCCAGAAUAUUAGUUUCUAAUUUAAGGCAGAUUUUUUUCAUAAUUGUGUGUUUGUUUUUCUGGCAUGGGCUGUCCCUGCUUAUCACUCCAAAUUUUUUUUGUUUUGUUUUUUUGAGUGUAGCAACUUCCUGUUCACCUUGCAUGACAUUCUGUUUUUAGCAAAUAGAAAAAAAGGAAACUAUCGUUAAAAAAAAUGAAAACAAUUCCAAAAUAUUUAUGAUGCCUCGGUUUGGUUUAAAAUAGCCCUGCAUAUCCACUAUUGUGGCUGAUGGAUAGACAUUAGGUCUGGCUCAGUGGAACUAAUACCAAACAAAAAAGAAAAAGAAGUUUCCACAAGGAUGAUAUGGUACUAACAAAGCACAGCGAAGCUGAGGACACUCACUAACAUCUGCGAAUCCUAUCCAGCUUUAUAAGAGAAGGACACCCAUGAAAGGACAAUAGCCAAACCUGUCAACUUCAGUGUUGUGUUCUUUCUCUUUUUUUCUGUCUUUUGCACCACAGAUGCAUAAGAAGAUGUUUAACGGGUGGACAAAUUAUUUAGCCGUGAGGCUUUAAAUCAAGCUAAAAUCUACAGGUGCAGUACAACAUGACGCGAAGAAUGUAACGUACACCACUCCAGUAUUGCAUGGCUUUUGGAAGUGUGUAAAAUUUGAUAGAUUGUUUCCAUUACAUUUGUAUUAUAAUUGCUAAAACAAACUAUGUGCCUGGAAUAAUAAAUUCCUCCCUGCAACACUUUUGUUCACAUGCACAAACACAACCUGAUGCAACACAGCACAGAUUAACCAGAGUUCAUGUUUUUAAGGAAGUUUCUAUGAAGUACGUUUUUGGGAAUUUUAUACGGACUUGGGCCAAGGUUUCAAAACUUGUCAUAGGGGGCCAGAGUCCAGCAGUGUGGUGUUUUCCUUGCUUAGUUAUUAACCCGUGAACCAAAUCCUGUGCCGUCACGCAGGAAAAUCGAACUUCGAAAUGGGGUAACAAAAAACCUACUUUCACAGAAACAGGCUGACACCAGAGAUUAUUUCCUGUAGUGUGUUGGCGAACACAAGAGUAAAAAUGUAAUUCCAUGAACAUUCUUCAAUUGAGUGACAAUAUCUUACUCUGAAAACGUCCUCUUGUCACCAAAUUGCUUUAAGAUUUUUUUCUGUUGGAAAUAAAAGAAAGUGUUUUGAAAGUGUGAAUACAAGAUUAAAGAUUGCAGCCUUCAAGUACCUGAAGCUUGUGGCCAGAAAUAUGUACAAAAAGAGAGUACAGAAUUGGGCCAUACGCAAAGCAUUUAAGGCGGAUAAAACCGAGCUGGACUCAACCGAGCUUAAAUUAAUGUAUUAUUUCUGCCAACAUUGAUUGUUAGAAAAAAAGGCGUUCCUUAAAUGGUAAAAAGUUCUAGGUUCUCCACGUGGAAGCAUUUUAAAAUAGGGGAGCUCUCAGAUGUUAGUCUGUACAUAAAAUCUUUCAACGUGAAAAGUUUAAAGAGAGAAUCCACAGUAAGAGUAGGUCAGGGAAGUCUGCACCACAGUUGACUAGAAUGAGAUCAAAUGAAUGCACUGGAGAGCUAACUGGAGUCAUGUGAACUGGCUCUUUUACAAGAAUUCCUGAUUAGAUGGAAGAUGACAUUCGGGCUGAGGACACCUUAAGUGAAAGAUCGGGUGCAGAUUGGAUUUCACUACAGCAGAAAAUUGCUAUGUUUUUAUGUCCAUAUUAGUAAAUCCCAUCCAAAGAGAGAUCAUAGCAAUAUUCCGACACAGAGUUACAGAUGUGCUGCACUGCUUUGCACGUUCUCUUGGAAUUCAGCAAGCAAGUGCAAAAAUGCAUGAGCUUGUAAUAAUCUUGUGUGAGCACAUGAAACUAGGACUAGAGGACUAAGUCAUUAUUGGAAGAUGGUUUACAGAUGAUAAUAUAAAACUUUGACAAUUAGGACCGAACCUAAAAAUACUAGAAUUGCAGCUGACAUUGCAAAGCUACUGUACUGAGCAAUUUUACAACUUAUUAUUCAGCAUAUAAAUGCUAGACCUAAAGCUGUUAAUGAAACUGCAUGGGACAUUCUUCAAAAUAAUUCAAUACCAAGCUUAACAUUUGUUAAUGUACCAAAGAAUGUACCAAACACCACAGAAUAUCUUUGACAAUUUACAGAUAAUUGUUGUUGACUAUGAAAAGCAUGACCUGUAAGUAAAAAAAAUGAAUAAAACAGCAUGCUGAUACAGAAAAA